AUGCUUCAAAGCGCCUUUUUUGAAGCCCAAGCGGAGCGUAGUUCCGUUUUGUCCCCAGAGGCCCCGACAGAACGGACUGAGGGCCUCUCUGGGGCCGCUUCGUUGCACAUCAGACCCCAGCAAACGGGGGGACCCUUCUCGGCUCUUCACCCAGAAACCUGUGGGCAGCGCAUGAGGGACGUGGCCGAUGCUCGCGGCAUGGGGUCCCAUGCCGGGUCCAAUGGAGCAGCUGGGGAACCUGUAGGGGAGCCGCCGCCUCGUGUUGUACCCAGGGGGCCGCCUUCGGCUCGGGGGCCUCCCUCCCGUUCUGCUGCCACUGCUGCUGAUUCGUUUAGCGCAGCUGCACCAGAUGGACCUCUUGGCCAUGAGAUGCAGCAGCUUUCUUUUGAUUUGAAGGAGCAUCUGCAUGUGGAGUCGAAAAGAACCCGGACUGUGCCCACGUGCUGCAGCUUGUGCAAACCUCCCCAACCAGCAGACGGAGGGGGUCCCCGCUCUCCUGCUGAUGCUACUGCUGGAGGGCCCUCAGCAGCUCCUGCAGCAUCACCAGGAACAGCAUUAGGGCCGCUGGCUACUUCCGAGGCGUCUCCUCAGGGCAGUGCCUCUCCUGCUGCGGAAGCAGCAGCAGCACCAGCAGCAGCAGCAGCAGCUGCUGCUGCUGCUGCUGCGCGGACGAAGCUGAUUGUCUCCCUGCUAGAGACGGCAGACAACGACUUGCAGAGGGCUCAUGCCCUUGUUCGCGUUGUUAGUGACACCAACACCGGCCUCUACAACACAAAGACUGGGGGCCCCAUGGCUAAGCGGAAGAGGUGUCCUGAUGAUUGCCUGGAGGCCCUGGAGGGCCCUGCAGCAGUCCUCGGCGACUGCAGGAGAGGAUCUGCUUCGAUGGAAGUGGCGGACGGAAGCCCCACCAGUGGCUCUGCUGCUGCUGCUGCUACCGCUGCCGAUCAGCAACAAUCGCUGCAGCAGCAGCAACAACAGCCACUGAGCGGCCGAGUUUCUGGUUCAGUCUCCGUGGCAUCGUCCGCCGCUGCAGGUGCCACGUUAGCAGCAGGUUCUACAGGCUCAGUAGCAGGAGCAGCAGCUGAUUCAGCAGCAGGCAGAGCAGCUGCAGGAUCCCAACGUGGGCCAGUGGUGUUAGGGCGCGAGCUGCUGCCCGAUUCGUGGUGUGAUGAAGUAGCGGAGCGGCUCCUCUGGGCCAUCGUCACUGCAGCCAGCGGAGAUGACGCGAAGGCAAAGGCAGCAGCGCUGCUGAAGGAGCAUGCAAUGCAGCUGGCGCAUGCGCAACAAGAUGAACCUUCUCAAGCUGAACUCGCCAAAGAAGCGGAAAGGCAAGAGCUGGCGAAGCGGGUGGAGUUGUUGCAGAAUGACAAACUGCUGCUUGCAAGGGCCGUGAAGGCGCAACACGAGAAGCUGCAGACGUUGCAGCAGAGUCUCGCUGCAAAGACAGAAGAAACUCGUUACCUCGUGCAAGAGCUCAACGGCGCUCAGCAGCGCCUUCGGUCGCUGCGGGAUGCGGCGUCUGCUUUGCUGCUGGGGGCCUCCGCUAACCGCAACAACAGUCCGUGUCGUGACAACACAUUCGACAGGCGGUGA